GGAGAGGAGAAUCACGAUCCACCCAAACACUUGAAGCUCAGGCGCAGGCAAUGCUGUCAAAAACAAAAUAAACAAAGCAAGAAAGAAAGUCAACGCUGAUUGUCUUUAUGUGUAAAAAAGCAUCUUGUUCUUUUGCAAUUCUGAGGCAUUGAUUCCAAAAAAAAGAAAAGAAAAAAGAGCAUCUUCUUGUGAAAUUAGGCCAAAUCUCUCUCUCACUCAGUUGUUGUUGAGAGAGGAAUUGAAUGGCGGGCGUGAGAGAAGUGUUGUUUCCGUACAGAAUGUUGGAAGAGGAAACUUCUUCUAAUUCGAACCCAACGGACGCUGUGUUGUUCUUUGGGCUUAGUUUGGUGCUGGGAAUAGCUUGCAGGCACCUCCUCCGUGGUACCAGAGUCCCUUACACCGUCGCCUUGCUCGUACUCGGCAUUGCACUCGGAUCCAUUGAAUAUGCUACCCACCAUCGAUUGGGAAAGAUUGGGGAUGGCAUUCGACUUUGGGCAAAUAUUGAUCCUGACCUUCUAUUGGCUGUUUUUCUUCCUGCACUUCUUUUUGAAAGUUCAUUUUCAAUGGAAGUGCACCAAAUAAAGAGGUGUGUAGUACAAAUGAUUGUACUCGCUGGUCCUGGUGUACUGAUAUCAACCUUCUGUCUUGGAUCUGCUUUGAAGUUCACCUUCCCAUAUAACUGGAGUUGGAAGACAUCAUUGUUGCUUGGGGGACUUCUGAGUGCUACAGAUCCUGUGGCUAUUGUUGCUCUGUUAAAAGAACUUGGUGCGAGUAAAAAACUAAGUACAAUAAUUGAAGGAGAAUCCUUGAUGAAUGAUGGGACAGCGAUUGUGGUUUACCAGUUAUUCUAUCAAAUGGUUCUUGGAAAGAGCUUUAACUGGGCUGCGAUAAUCAAAUUUCUGGCGCAAGUCUCACUUGGGGCUGUAGGCAUUGGUCUUGCUUUUGGAAUAAUAUCUGUUUUGUGGCUUGGGUUUAUUUUUAAUGACACAGUGAUAGAGAUCUCACUGACACUUGCUGUGAGCUACGUUGCUUACUUCACUGCUCAAGAGGGGUUUGAUGUUUCUGGUGUUUUGACGGUGAUGACUCUAGGAAUGUUUUACGCUGCAGUUGCAAGGACUGCUUUCAAGGGUGAUGGUCAACAAAGCUUGCACCAUUUUUGGGAAAUGGUUGCUUAUAUUGCUAAUACGUUAAUUUUCAUACUGAGCGGUGUUGUUAUAGCUGAAGGCAUUCUCAGUGGUGAUGAUGCUUUCCAAAAUGGACAUUCAUGGGCCUAUCUCAUUCUCCUCUAUGUUUAUAUACAAGUUUCCCGUUUCAUAGUUGUUGGAGUCCUGUAUCCCUUUUUACGGUAUUUUGGCUAUGGCUUGGAUUGGAAAGAAGCUAUUAUUCUCAUAUGGUCAGGCUUGCGAGGGGCAGUUGCAUUGUCACUUUCGCUUUCAGUUAAGCGUUCUAGUGACAGCUCAACGGAACUCAGUUCCAAAACAGGAACUCUGUUCGUUUUCUUCACCGGUGGAAUCGUAUUCUUGACGCUAAUUGUGAAUGGUUCAACAACACAGUUCAUUUUACACCUUUUAGAUAUGGAUAAGCUAUCAGCUGCAAAGAGGCGCAUACUGGACUACACAAAAUAUGAAAUGUUGAACAAAGCAUUAGAGGCUUUUGGUGAUAUAGGAGAUGACGAGGAACUUGGACCUGCUGACUGGCCUACUGUGAAAAGAUAUAUUGCAAGCCUAAAUAAUUUGGAAGGGGAACGUGUGCCCCCUUAUGGUGCACCUGAAGAUGACGAUAAUCUGGAUCAUAUGAAUUUGAAAGACAUACGCAUACGCCUGUUAAAUGGUGUCCAAGCUGCAUACUGGGGGAUGCUUGAUGAAGGAAGGAUUACACAAACUACUGCAAAUCUUUUGAUGCAGUCGGUUGAUGAAGCGCUUGACUUGGUUUCACAUGAGUCUUUAUGUGAUUGGAAAGGUUUAAAAGCUAAUGUUCACUUUCCAAGUUAUUACAGGUUACUUCAAACGAGCAUUUGCCCACAAAAGUUGGUUACGUAUUUCAUCGUUGAAAGGUUGGAAUCUGCAUGUUACAUUUGUGCUGCAUUUCUUCGUGCCCAUAGAAUUGCACAACGGCAACUGCAUGACUUUAUAGGUGACAGCGAUGUUACUUCUAUUGUCAUCAAUGAAAGUAAGGCAGAAGGAGAAGAAGCAAGAAAGUUCCUGGAAGAUGUUCGUGUAACUUUUCCUGAGGUUUUGCAGGUUUUGAAGACAAGACAAGUAACGUAUUCAGUGCUGAACCAUUUAGUUGAUUAUGUCCAAAAUCUCGAGAAGGUUGGGUUGUUGGAAGAAAAAGAGAUGCUGCAUCUUCAUGAUGCUGUCCAGACCGACUUAAAAAAGCUUCUGAGGAAUCCUCCUUUAGUUAAGAUUCCAAAAUUUAUAGAUUUGAUUAGUCGCCAUCCUUUAUUUGGGACCGUUCUUUCUUCAGUCUUUGCACCCCAUGAAGGUUCUACUAAAGAAACAAUGAAGCUGCAUGGUAUGACACUUUACAAGGAAGGCUCUAAGCCAAAUGGUGUUUGGCUUAUUUCCAGUGGGGUGGUCAAGUGGAUGAGUAAGAGCAUAAAAAACAAGCACUCGCUUCAUCCAACUUUUACACAUGGGAGUACGUUGGGCCUAUACGAAGUGCUAAGUGGAAAGCCCAACAUUUGUGACAUGAUCACAGAUUCUAUGGUUAUCUGUUUUUUUGUUGAACGUGAGAAGAUACUUUCAGUUCUCAGGUCAGAUCCAUCAAUAGAAGUCUUUCUGUGGCAGGAAAGUGCUAUUGUACUUGCUAAACUCUUGCUUCCUCAGAUAUUCGAGAAAAUGGCAAUGCACGAUUUGAGGGCUCUUGUUGCUGAAAGAUCAGUAAUGAACUUAUACGUAAGUAGAGAAACUAUAGAAAUUCCUCACCAUUCCAUUGGCUUUUUAUUGGAAGGAUUUAUGAAAACUCAAGGUGCUGAAGAACUGAUUAUAUCACCUGCCACUCUGUUGCCUUCACAUGGGAGUCUAAGCUUCCAAAAUCUGGAAUCAUCAGGCACCACAGGAGCCAGUUUUUCUCAUCAAGGAUCCUUGUAUCUAGUUGAAACAAGAGCACGAGUAAUCAUUUUUGACAUUGCAGCAUUUGAAGCAGAUCUUGCUCUCCAACAAAGGUCGUCGUUCUUGGUACCUCCUUCUGCUGAUCAGCUCCAUAGACCCCUUAGUAGGGAACAUAGUCUGAUGAGUUGGCCAGAAAACUUCUACAAGCCAAGGCAAACGCAGAACCCUGAAGAGACAGACCGGAAAGCUAACAGCUUGUCUGCUAGGGCAAUGCAGCUGAGCAUCUAUGGCAGCGUGGUGGAUAUCCAACAGCACACUCGAAGUUUUCCAAGAAGUAGUCUCAUUAAACUCUCAUAUCCAACAGGUCCUUCACAUCCCGGCCCCCGUCUUGUUUCUGUUAAAUCCGAAGGAGCUGCUACUGUGAGGAGGAACCUUGGAGUGAGGAAGUUCACAGGAAAUUUCACUCCUACCCAGGAACAAAGUAAAGACCCAAGAGAGAGUCAUGUAGUUGAUUGUUCCAGUGACGAAUCUGGAGCUGAGGAUGAGCACAUAGUGAGAAUUGAUUCACCAAGUAGGCUUUCUUUUCGCUAGGCUUCUUGAAAGUCUUACAGACUCGUGACCUUACAGGUGUCUAUGUAAUUUUACUAUGAUCCACUCACUCGGAGUGAGAUGAGGUCAAAUCCCUGCUCUAAUGAGAAUCAGAUCGGAAAACUGUAAAAGUGGAAUAGUUGGGUUAUAGACAAUAAGUUUUACAGCAAAACUCUUAAAGGAUGCAGUAACUCAUGCCAAACAUGUGUUAUCACCCCAACUGAUUAUAUGCGGCAAAUAGUGUCGAGCUAAACUUCUGAUCAACAAUAUUUCCUUCCAACGCGUGAUCUACCCACGGAUCAGAAAGCUUUUGUUUCGGAGGAUAUGUAUGCAUUGUUCCGGCAACUAAAACGGAGUUUGCUUGUAUAGAAGAUCUAUAUGUAUUUCACCAUACUUUUAUUUUAGGUUAAAAUGUUGCAGCAAGAAUUGAUGUCUAUAAAUAAGAUUGAUGGUGCUUUCCUUAAGAAAA